UAAUUUGAAUGAGUCAUUACAUUUCCACUAAUUACAUCAAACUAAUGACAACUUUUGGAGUGAAAAAAGGAGCGAUUUUUGGAGGUUUUGUAGGAUUGUGUUAUUAAGUUGAGUUCAACCCAUCAUCCAUGUCUUCUUCUUCAUCAUCAUCUUCAUCUGUUUUUCCUCUGUAAAUGCGUCUGAUUGGCCUUCAUCAGCGGUGGUUUGUUGUUCUGUUCUUGUUCUGGUUCUUGUUCUUGUUCCACGGAACUGCCAUGGAAGCAACUGAAGUUUAGCACUCAUUUUCGAAGGCUUCUUCUCAUUUAGAUCCGUUUUUCCAUAGGGUUUCUAAUACCCUUUUGUUUAUUGAAUCCAAAUCCAAAUCCAGAAACUGGUUUCUCAAGAUGUUGAGGAACAGAUCUAGAGCUUUAAUGGCGGAUCAAGCUUCACCAGUUUCAAAUUCUCUGUUUGGUUCUCCAAGAUUCAAACCUUUUACACCAACAACAACACAAUCAAUUGAUCACUCUGUGAUUAGUCCCACUUCUGUUUUUGAUUCCAAACCAUUUUUCUCUCUUCAAAAUCCCUUCUCUUGUGAUCCCAACACAAAACCCAAUUCCCCCAAGAAACCAAUUUUCCCAGGAAACAAACAGAAAAUCUCUGGCAAAAACCCAAUUGGGCUUGCUUUAAUUGAGGAGAAAUACGAUUCCACGCUCUGUAAAAGUGUAAUUUUCAGAGCUAAACUUCGUGUCAAAAUCCCUCCUCCUCUGCUGCCGGAUUCCGCCGUAGACGACGGCGGUGGAGAUUUGUUUCCUUCUGGGAUUGGUGAUGGGGGGAUGAUGACGGUGAAGGAGAUGGAGGUUUGUGAAGAGUAUACUUGUGUGAGAACUCAUGGACCUGAUGCUAAAAUUACUCAUAUUUUUGAUAACUUCGUGGUGAAAAGCUCUGUUGAUUCUGGACCUGAGAGAAUUUCCAUGGCGGAUUUGAAGAACAAGAACAAGAACAACAAGAACAACAAGAAUGAUUUUCUUAGCUUCUGCUACACCUGCAACAGAAAUCUUGAGCUCACAAAGGACAUCUAUAUUUACAGAGGUGAGAAAGCUUUCUGCAGCCAUGAAUGUCGCUACCAAGAAAUGCUUUUGGAUGAAGAACAACAACAAUCAUCUUGAUUCUUCCAUCAUCGUCUUCAACCUCUGGUUUUCUGGUUCUUCUUCCAGUAAAUUUUCACAUAAAAUUCAUGGGUUUCUUUUUUUUUUUUAAUAAUAAUUUUUGUUUCUUUUUGGGUUUCUCUCAUGAAGAUAUAGAUAAGAGAGAGAAGUGUUUGUAGAGAGAGAAAUUAUAAAAUAUGUUCAAUAUGUUUACUGAAAUGAUUGCUGCUUUGGCUUUUACUAAA